AUGGCGACUACUUUCGAUUUGAAAGCGACGCUACAAUGUAUCCCAGACAAGACCCUUGCGAGCGAGUCAACAAGAAAAUCCGUUGAAACACAGUGUCUUCUGAAAUACGCCCAAGAGUUUCAUCCUUCAAUACCUCUUUAUGUUCUGGUAAUAAUGAAUUUUGGAUUUGUAACCUUACUCAGUAUUAUCUACGCUUAUUCUGUGAAUGAUCGUGUGGAAAUCUUUGCAGAUUCUCCGAGUGCAACGACGAAUAAUGGCGAAGACGAAAGUCAGCCACUCUCGGGUAUUUCACCAGCAGCGUCGGACCCUAUGUCCCACCAAAAUUCUGGUCGUUAUUCUGUUAUCACGUUAUACAUUAUGCAUUUGAUUUUUUGCCGUAUAAUACCACUAGCAGUAUUUGCAACAUUGCUCUUAAUUUCAUCGAGUUUUCCGGUACAAUAUCAUUGUCCUUGGCCAGUGAAAACCACAAGCUCGUCCCACGGAAACUUUUCACAAAGACAAAAUUUGAAUUUUUCAACUGUGGAUUGCACUUAUCCUAUGGGCAGCAAAAAAGAAACAGUAGCUGCCACCGUUGUGACAAUAAAUUUCCUUAUCGGUAUAGUGGCGUCCAUGGAGCUUGUCUAUCUGUUGUGGUCAACAUGGAAAGAUGAUAAUCUGCUUUCUGAUCUGGAAUUUUGUAGUGUUUACCUUUUGAGAAAGCGUAAAAGAAUCCGAAAGUUGAUGAAAAAGAUUAGAGAGAACAUAUCUGAUGAAACAUUUUACUUGCAUGAUGAUUUUGGUGAGAAACGUUUGUCACGUCGGAAACUGGAAGAGAUAUAUGUCAAUGUCAUAAUUCAGGAGGGAAGGGAAAUGAAUUGCAGAAGACUGCUUAAAGAUAGACAUGAGACAUACCAAGCACAUUUUAAAGUACCACACGGUGCAACUACCUUCAAGAGAAUAGCAGAUUUAUUUAAACCCACACGCGCUUCCAAAACCUGUCCUAGAACUAUUCUUGUAGUGGGCAGACCAGGAAUUGGCAAAACUCUCCUGACGAAAAAAAUAUUUUAUCAGUGGCAACAACAAACGUUUGAAUUCUGGUUUGAAAAGAUAGUAAUCUUAAUACGAUUUCGCAAUUUUAACAAGGGGAAAACAAGUUUUCGAGAAAUGUUACGUUGUUCCGAUGGACUCAAUAUGUCAUCGGCUGAUUUUAACGGAAUCUAUGAACACAUUUGUUUGAUGCCAAGUAAUGUCAUCCUUAUUUUUGAUGGGUUGGACGAACUUAAAGUUGAUGACGAGUCUUCUCGUGAAGCAAAUACUAUAAAUAGUCACAAUGACGUUACGCAUAUACUCCUAAUCUUCAAACAGCUAGUGGAAGGCAAACUGUUGCCUGGAGUCACAGUGUUAACCACAACUCGACCCACGGCAGAGCAUAUUUAUCAAAAACUAAAAUUUGAUCGAGAGAUCGAGAUCUUGGGUUUUCAUGAGGACCAAAUCAAAGACUAUGUUGAAAAGUUUUGCUGCAAUGACAUCCAGAAAAGCUCAGAAAUAUGGAACUUGAUCAAGCAGUCACCAGAGCUUUUAAGCUUAUGCUACAUACCUGUUAAUUCCUAUAUAGUGUGUUUAACAUUAAUAGAAAGCAUUGAAGUUAAAGGCCAGAGCAAUGUCCCAACAACAAUUACGGAGUUGUACAAAAGAGCUAUAAAUAUUUUACUGUUCAGGCACCAUUUAAGAUACAAGGAUAAAGCAAUUCCAAAGAACUAUAUUAUCGGAAAGCUUACUGAACCGCUCCAACACGACUUGAACAAACUUAAACGAAUUGCAAGAAAUGGAAUGAUGGAAGACCAGUUAACAUUCGAGUUUGAAAAUGAUGAUGAAUUUGUCUCUGAGCUGACAGACUGUGGUUUAUUCAAUAAACAGGAAAGCAAACGACAGAACAUUUUCUGUUUUCUUCAUCUAACUAUUCAAGAGUUUCUUGCAGCACUACACGUAGUUGAUGAUAUGGAAAAUGUUGAAUCAUUUUUAUCUGAGCACAUCGAGAAUCCCAAAUGGCAUUUAGUGAUCCAGUUCGUUGCUGGGUUAAUUGGAGAUAAAAUGAGAGAAUUAAAGGCACAAAGAAAUAAACUGCAAAGGUACGCCUGUUUAGUAGAUAAUUUUAAAAUAUUCUAGCAUAUACUGUGCAUGUAUAUCAAAUUUUGAAGAACAAAAUUAAUACACCCUUCCGGAAAAUGCUGAGCCCCGUUUUCGUGAUUGAGAUAUUGCAUAGGUUUAGACUUUUCUUGUUUGUAUUGAAGCUUAGUUACGCAAAAAUAAUUCACUUUAAAUUUUAUUGUUAACAUCAGGUCACCAAAGCUUACAGACAACGAAAAAACACAAGAGCUUGCAAAGAACGAAGAAAUAAUAGAUUGCAUAUGCAAGAGGUACGUUAUCUGUUAUUGCCCGAGUAUCGCUUUCUAUAUCUGUUAAAUUCAGUAUAUUAACACGCUGAUUAACUACAAAUUAAGGAAUAUAUGGCAGGGAAUUUUAGGCAAAAAGUUUAAAGAACUGACAUUUCUAUUAACAAAAGAAUGCCAUUGAAAAUAUUCUACAAUCCCGCCGCCGAGAUUGCAAACAUGCGGCUAUUGAGAUAUGGACAUGCAUGUAAUUCAACUUGAUAUUGCACUGGUUUUAAUAAUUUAGGCUACAGGACGUUCGUGUAAGAUAUUAAGCUGCUGCGAUAUUAUUGUUAUGGCUUUGUAAAAAGUGAAAUUAUAAUGAAUAGUCCUGGGUUCAAGAUCAAAGAGAAAUAUACUGCUGCGCAAAAAUCAUACUAAUAUAAAUGUUCGCAUUCCACAACAAUUAAAACGGCUAGGAGCCUAUAAAAAUGUUUUGCGAGCGUUUACUGAGUUUUCAAAGCAUGAAAAGAUGAACUUUCCUGCAUUUAGCAAAUUGAACGUGAAAUUUCGGUAUAGACUAGUUUAUAGACAUUAGGUAUAGACAUUUCGGUAUAGACAUUAGUUUACACAAAGGGGCUCCCUUUAGCUGGGGGCCCCCAAAUAAGUUCUAAGACCGGUUUUGGAAGCGCGUGUGGGUUUAAAUAAAUCUGUUAUUCUCGUGAAGGUAGUUGCACCGAAUGGUACUUUAAAAUGCGCUUCGUAUGUCUCAUGUAUGGUCUCAUGCCAUCUUUAAACCGUCUUCUGCAAUUUAUUUCCUUUUCCUCCUGAAUUAUGUCCCAUUGACAUAUAUCUCUUCCAGUUUCCGACGUGACAAUUUCAAAAUUUCAAUACACCCUUCCGGAAAGUAUUUAGUAUUUGCCCACACAGAUAUUGGGUUUAAUUUUGUCUUGUUACAGGUGACACAUAAAGACGGCGAACUAGUCAUGCGCCGAACCUAAUCAUAUUAAAUAGGCAGGGCCGCAUUGAGAAAUUUGAGGGUCCGGGGCAAAUCUAAUAUUUGGGGCCCUAGCGAUUUUUGAUCGUCAAAGAUUCUUGAAGUUGUGUACUCUUUUAGAUAUUGAUUCCCAUAUUCUUGAACUUUUAAGACAAUUAGCACGAUUAUUUCCUUUGGUUUUGAAUGUUUAUAAUUUUUUCAACGCGCAUUCUGCACUGAAAUAGUAUGUUAUAGUAUGUUAAACAUAUCAUGCAUGCAUUAGGUUUGGCGCGUGAAAACUACGGCGCUUAAACCCAUGUCGAACCUGUGUCGCAUAGUACGACAUGACUUGCCAUAUUUUGCAUUUUGCGCCGUGUUAACCUAAUCAAAACUUGCCGAACCUAUAAUUGAUUUCCGAUCUCUGCUCUUCUGUCGUACUUAGUCAUCGAGUAAGGUUAUAAAACGUUCACUGUCUAAACCGAUUUUAAAAGACCUUUAUAACCUUUCGGCAUAUUUGUAUUAAAUUAAUAUAUUCUGUAAUGAGAUUUACAUUUUUUGUCAUACUUUGUUUUAACUAAAUCCAUCUGAUUGGUUUAUUUUUUGUCAUGUGAUGUUUUUAUAUUCUUAAUAUAAAAGCUCAUGUAUUUUUCCCGUCUGCCACUAGUAACUCCUGCAGAAGAAGGCCUUCACUUGAAACGUCGAAAUUCUCCUUGUGCUGAUUUUUCAGGCACCAAAGAAAACUUUUUAAUAAUUAUUAAACAUUUUGUGAACCAGGUCUAAGCUCAUUGUUAAAUUCCUUUUGUUAUGCACCAAUUUCGACAAAAAUUUUUAUUGGACCCGACUCCAACUUCCGGAUCACGCAUGGGCUGGCUAUUAACUUUGGUUAAUAUAUAACAUCAUGAAAUGAGUGCGCGCGGUGCGUAUUUCAACCUCGCAAGCCAGGUUCUCUUCUUCAGCAUUCCCUCCCAAACACGCUCGAAGUAGAAAGCCUGGCUUGCGAGGUUGUGCGUAUUUUGGCAAAAUGAUAUUUAAUGUGAUAUGUAACCUUAUCACCUUUCAAACUGCAAAUCGGCAGUCCGGCUCAAUCGCGAAAUGAUAUCGCGACUUUGUAAUUAAAUUUCAGUUUUCUUAAAAUAUCUUUGUCUAGAUUUCAACACCAGAUGCCAAAGGUAGGAAAUUUAGACAGAAACACCUUACCUGUGAUAAAAUGUGUCCACGAAAUGCAAGAAGAAAGUGUUAUGAAGUUAGUUGCCUCCCAUUGGGAUGAUGAAGCAGUUUGUUUAAACAGUUUAAGUAUUGCGCCAGUGGAAUCUGCUGCUUUGUUUGAAUUUCUAAGUCACAUAAAGAACCUGCACAAGCUUACGAUCACUAAUUGUAUCAUGGACCGUUUUGCUCUUAGUGAAUUGGCCGAGUUACUGAUGAAAGAGAACGAAAACUGCCAACUAACUGAGUUACACAUAAGCGAAAGUAAAUUGACAGAUGAAGGUGCUAAGCACUUAAGUGAUGCUCUGAUUAGUGACAAGUGCAAACUUAUUGAAUUGAAUAUAAGUCACAAUCUUUUAACAGAUGAAGGAGCUAAACAUUUAAGUGAUGCCCUGAUGAGUGACAAUUGCAAACUUACUCAAUUAGAUAUAGGAUCGAAUAAUUUAACAGAUGCAGGUCCUAAAUAUUUAAGUGGUGCUCUGAUGAGUGACAAUUGCAAACUUACUAAACUAGAUAUGUUAAGCAUUAAUCUAACAGACAAAGGUGUUAAAUAUUUAAGUGAUGCUUUGAUGAGUGGCAAUUGCAAACUUACUGAAUUAGAUAUAGGAAGGAAUAAUUUAACAGAUGAAGGUGGUAAACAUUUAAGUGAUGCCCUGAUGAAUGACAAGUGCAAACUUACUGUAUUAAAUAUACAGUGCAAUAAUUUAACAGAUGGAGGUGCUAAAUAUUUAAGUGACGCUCUGAUAAGUGACAAGUGCAAACUUACUGUAUUAGACAUAGGAAUCAAUGAGUUAACAGAUGAAGGUGCUAAAUAUUUACGUGAUGCUCUGAUGAGUGCCCACUGUAAACUUACGGAAUUGAACAUAAGUUACAAUUUUUCAAUAACAGAUGAAGGUGCUAAAUAUUUACAUGAUGCCAUGAACAGUGACAACUGCAAACUUACUAAAUUAAAUGUGUAA